AUGGAAAAAUGGAAACUGCCGCUUGUCACAGACGACUUUGAAAGAGCGCACCGCAUGGGACCACUUAGAGACAAUCAGAAACACCCGCGGGCCAUCAUCUCCAAGCUACAUCACUUCCAGAAGAAGCAGCGGAUUCUCAACAUGUCUAAGUUGAGCCCAGAAGACUGUGUCCUCAGGGUGGUACCUGAUAUAUCGGCACAGCUUCAGGCGAGGAGAUCCGAGUUUUGGCCGCUGAGGAAACACCUACAUCAGAUGGGACUUAAGACUUACUUUCAACACUCGGCCAUCCUCUGGGUGGAGGUGGGGCGCAGAAGAUGA